AUGGACUGGUCCGCCGUCACCAACUUCAACGUCGUCAUCAGCGUGCUCGGCGGUUGGCUCGUCCUCUUUGGCACGUUCUCCUAUCUCAUCAAAGAGACAUGUUACCUGUCUGAAGCCCUUGUCUCCCUUCUGGGCGGCGUGGCCUUCACCCAUGUCGCCGGGUUCCUGAAGCCCGGAGAGUACGUCGUGUCCCAAGAUGCCGUCGCCUCCGUCACCCUGGACUUCAGCCGCCUCGUCCUGGGCGUCCAGCUCGUCCUCGCCGGCGUCCAGCUCCCCAGCCGCUACCUCCGCAAGGAGUGGAAGUCCCUCUCCCUCCUCCUCGGCCCCGGCAUGAUCGGCAUGUGGGCUUGCACGAGCGCCGUGGUCUGGCUCCUCGUCCCGGACCUGCCCCUCGUGCACGCGCUCGCCAUCGCCGCCUGCGUCACGCCCACGGACCCGGUCCUCUCGACCACCAUCGUCAAGGGCCGCUUCGCCGACGAGAACGUGCCCGAGGACCUCCAGCAGAUCAUCGUCGCCGAGUCCGGCGCCAACGACGGGCUGGGAUACCCCUUUCUCUUCCUGGCCCUGUAUCUCAUCAAGUACACCGAGGCCGACGGCAACCCCGUCUCCGGCGAGGGGGGCGUCGCGGCGGCCAUCCGACUCUUCUUCGGGCAGACCUGCGUCUACGUCGUGCUGAUGAGCGUCUUCUACGGCUGGGUGGUCGGCUGGCUCGCGCAGAAGCUCCUUCACUGGGCCGAACGCUACAAGUACGUCGAACGGGAGAGCUUCCUCCUCUUUCCGAUCGGUAUGGCCAUCUUCAUCCUGGGAACCUGCGGAAUGGUCGGCAGCGACGACGUGCUGGCGUGCUUUAUCGCCGGAAACGCCUUCACCUGGAACGACUGGUUCCGCCUCGAGACGCUCAACGACCCCAUCCAACCGGCCUUCGACAUGCUGCUGAACAUGGCCAUCUUCAUGUGGAUCGGCGCCGUGUGCCCGUGGGAAAGCUUCUGGACGUCGGAGCUGGUCCAGCCCGGCCGACUGUUCGCCCUCGGCGCGCUCGUUCUCCUCCUGAGACGCCUUCCGGUCAUUCUCGGCCUACACCGCUACAUCCGCCAGAUCCGGGGUCCGUCGCAGGCCUUGUUCGUGGGGUACUUCGGGCCCAUCGGCAUCUCUGCCAUCUUUUACCUCUACGUCGGGCUCGAAUUCCUCGAGGGCGUCACCGACGGCGAUGGACAGCGGGCGGAUGCGAAGAGGCUAGGUGAUACCAUGCUAGUCGUGAUUUGGUUCUUGAUCAUCUGCAGUGUUGUCAUUCAUGGUGUGAGUGUGCCCAUCGCGAAGACGGGGCUCAUGCUGCGCGAUAGAUUCUUUCCCAGGCCCGUCGCGCUACCCACUUGA